AUGAGUCUUUGGGCGGCGCAAAGGAUACAGCCCCAGAGGCAAUUGCUGGUUUGGACAAGCCUCGGCUUGUUGACUGCCUUCAUUGUCCAGCAGAUCCGUCAAUGGUAUCGCCUUAGACAUAUCCCGGGGCCAAGACUGGCGGGCUGGUCAAUGUUGUGGCAGCUUUCUGGCGCUCUCAGCGGACGCUAUCACGAGAUUCUGAACGAGGUUGCUGAGGAAUAUGGGCCGCUGGUUCGUAUUGGGCCUAAUGAACUGCUAUCGACGGAUCCAGAGGUUAUCCGCCGCAUUUCUGGUGUCCGUAGUCGUUACCAAAAGGGCAGAUUUUACGACAGCGGCAAAGUGACACCAGGCGUGGACACGGUUGUAUCUAUGAGAGAUGAGGAGAAACACAAAGCAAUGCGCGCCAAGAUGUGGGCUGGUUAUGCUGGGAGAGCAUCCGAAGGUUCCAGUUUUGAACCAGGAAUGGACCGCCAGGUUCUGAACUUCAUGGAUCUCCUGGAAAGAAAGUACAUCUCCACGGCAGAGAGUACAAUUUCUGUCGACUUGGCUCAAAAGACGCAAUUCUUCGCUUUAGACGCCAUAGGCGAUAUCUCCAUGGGCACUCCCUUUGGAUAUCUCACCAAGGAUGAAGACCUUUUCGACUACAAUGAAAUUAACAGAACCUCACUGCAAGUUAUGAAUGUUGUUUCUGUUCUACCAUGGCUGACCGAUGUUGUUCAUCAAUGGCCGCUUCGUCUUGCCCUCCCCAAAGACGGAGACAAGGUAGGGUUCGGCAGGCUCAUGAGCAUUGCAACUCAAUUAGUAGACGCAAGACUUGAUCCUCAAUCUGAUCCCAUGCAUGACAUGUUGCAGGCGCACAUCAACAGCGGCAUGAGUCGGGAGGAGCUGAUCCAACAAGUCUUUAUUUUCAUAAUCGCAGGUGCAAAUUCAUCUUCCCAGGCUUUACGGAUGAUAUUCCUCGCUCUCAUCACCAACCCGACAGCAUACAACUCUCUGUGCGCUGAAAUCCGAGAAACAUCCGCAACAGUCAGCUCACCCAUCUCCUGGGCCGAGACUCAAUCGUUGCCAUACCUCAAGGCAGUUGUCCAAGAAGGUUUUAGGAUGUGGCCACCUGUGGGCGGCCUGGGCUUCAAGACUGUGCCUCCAGAAGGGGACAACAUUGCUGGAUAUUUCAUCCCCGGCGGCACAGAUAUCGGGCAAGGUUUCCACGGGGUUGGGCGGUCCAAAGCAGUCUGGGGACAGGACGCGAACGUGUUUCGACCGGAGCGCUGGCUCAUUGCGGACCAAGAAGAGCUUAGAAGCAUGCAGGCCGCUGUCGACACACACUUUGGAGCCGGCAAAUACUCGUGCUUAGGGAAGCCAAUUGCUCUGAUGGAACUGCACAAGGCGGUCUUUGAGUUACUCAGGCGAUACGACCUCGGACUAAUUGACCCUGAAAAGCCCAUCAAGGUCGAAUCAUCCAUAUUUCACAUGGCUUCAGAUUUCUGGGUUAAGCUCACGAAGCGUUCCAACUAA